AUGUCCAAACGUAAAGAACCUAUGCCCAAAGACAGAAAGAAACGAGAGAAAACAACCAGUGAAUCUAAUAAUAAUACAACUGAAAAAGAAGAUGAUAUUGAAGAAGAACAAAAGAAUGAAUUAGCUAAAAAAAUAUCUAAUACAAAAACAAAUACAAAUUUAAUCGAUUAUUUUACUAUAAAACCUCUUCAAUUAGCUAUUGAUAAUAUUAGAAAAAAUAUUUGUUCAAGUGUUAUGGAUUUUAAUUUUAAUAAAAAUCGUGUUCAAUCAAGAAAUAAUAUUAAUAUAAUUCCACAAGACUCUCAAACAAUACUUUAUUGGAUGUCACGUGAUCAACGUAUACAAGAUAAUUGGGCUAUGUUAUAUGCACAAAGGCUUGCACUUAAACAAAAACUUCCAUUGCAUGUUGCAUUUUGUUUAGUGCCAACAUUUUUAGCUGCACCAUUACGUGCUUAUAGUUUUAUGUUAAAAGGUCUACAUGAAAUUGAAAAAGAAUGUCAACAAUUAAAUAUCAUAUUUCAUUUAUUACUUGGUAAAGCUGAAAAUGUUUUACCUAAAUUUAUUGAAAAUUAUAAAGUUGGAACAAUAAUUACAGAUUUUUCACCAUUACGUGUAUCACGUCAAUGGGUAGAAAAUGUUGCAAAGAAAAUUACAACAAUACCCGUUGUACAAGUUGAUGCACAUAAUGUUGUGCCUUGUUGGCAUGCAUCAUCUAAACUUGAAUACGGUGCACGUACAAUAAGAAAUAAACUUCAUCAACAUAUGAAUGAAUUUUUUACUGAAUAUCCUCCAGUUAUUAAACAUCCAUAUACAUCAUCUAAUGAUCAUCAAAUAAAAUCUAUUGAUUGGCAGGCAGCCGAUAAUAGUUUACAAGUUGAUCGAACUAUUACUGAAGUUUCUUGGGCUACUCCUGGUUAUACUGGUGGAAUCGAACAAUUAGAAAAAUUUAUAAAUGAACGUGUUAUGCAUUUUGCUCUUGGACGUAAUGAUCCAAAUAAAGGUGCUUUAUCAAAUCUUUCACCAUGGUUUCAUUAUGGACAAAUAAGUCCACAACGUGCAUUACUUGUAAUAGCAAAAUUACGAUCAAAAUUCAAAGAUGCUUGUGAUUCAUUUAUUGAAGAAGCAUUUGUUCGAAGAGAAUUAAGUGAUAAUUAUUGUUUUUAUCAAGAAAAUUAUGAUAAUAUUGAUGGUGCAUGGGAAUGGGCAAAAAAAACAUUAAAUGAUCAUCGAAAUGAUAAACGAACACAUUUAUAUAGUCGUGAUGAUCUUGAAUAUGCUCGAACAUAUGAUAAAUUAUGGAAUGCAUCGCAAAUUCAAAUGAUUAAUGAAGGUAAAAUGCAUGGUUUUUUACGUAUGUAUUGGGCAAAAAAAAUUCUCGAAUGGACAAAAACACCUGAAGAAGCUAUUGAAAUAGCUAUUUAUUUAAAUGAUAAAUAUAAUCUUGAUGGACGUGAUCCAAAUGGUUAUGUUGGUAUUAUGUGGAGCAUUUGUGGAAUUCAUGAUCAAGGUUGGAGAGAACGACCAGUUUUUGGUAAAAUUCGUUAUAUGAAUUAUGAAGGAUGUAAACGAAAAUUUGAUGUUAAACAAUACGAAAACAAAUAUUCACGGUUAUAA